AUGGAUUUCUUUGAAAUCCUUAGAGUAAGAUCAGAACAAUUUUGUAGCAAAACAACUGCUCUAGGAUUAGCUUUUCUAGUCCUUGUGUGGGUAUUAUCAAAGCAGUUCAAGAAGAAUUCUAAGUUGCCUCCAGGGCCAACUCCAUGGCCUAUCAUAGGAAACCUCCAUCAGCUUGGGAGGCUUCCACACCGUAGUUUGUAUGAGCUCUCCAAAAAAUAUGGGCCUGUGAUGUUCUUGAGACUUGGGUCUCUGCCCUGUGUGGUAGUCUCUUCUUCUGAGAUGGCCAAGGAGUUUCUCAAAACUCAUGAUUUAGCGUUUGCCAACAGACCCAAUACUGCUGCUGGAAAACACAUUGCUUACAACAAUAAGAACAUGGGCUUCUCUUCUUAUGGUCCUUACUUGACAUACAUAAGGAAGGUAUGUGUGAUGGAGUUACUGAGUGCAAAGAGACUUGAUUCCUUUAGGUCUCUUAGAGAAGAGGAGGUUUCUCUGGCUAUGAAAUCUAUCUGGGAGAAAAGCAAGCAGGGGACUGUUGCUGUGAAUGUUAGCAAGUAUUUGUUGGAUAUUACAUCAGCUAUAAUUUGGAGGAUGUUGACUGGGACAAGAUUUUCUGGUGAUGAUGUGACUGGGAAUGGGGGUCUCAAGAAACGGAUGGUUAAGGUCCACAACUUUUUUGACGGGAUUGUUGGAAAAAUUACUGAUGACCAUAGUGAGCAGAAGAGAAGGGCUUUGGAGGAGAAGAGGGAGUGGACUAAGGAUAUUUUGGAUGUACUUCUUGAUAUUUCAGAAUCACAGACUUUGGAGGUGGAAUUCACAAAAGAAAAUAUCAAAGGAGUUCUCUUUGACUUGUUCGUUGCUGGAAUGGAGACAACGGCAACUAGCAUGGAAUGGGUGAUUACUGCACUCAUCAAACACCCUUGGGUAGCAAAGAAACUGCAAGAAGAGAUUGAUUCUAUAGUAGGAAAAGAGCGCAUGGUAACUGAAUCUGAUGUACCCAACAUGAACUACCUGCAAUGUGUGAUUAAAGAGUCUUUGCGACUAUACCCACCAGGACCAUUGUUGCCCCCACAUGAAUCUAGCCAAAUUGUGACUGUAGCACCACAAGGCUAUGUCAUACCUACAAAAACAAUGCUUUUUGUCAAUGCAUGGGCCAUUGCAAGAGACCCAACAGUGUGGGAAGAUGCUGACGAAUUCAAACCCGAAAGAUUCAUGGGCAAUAAGACUUUUGAAUACCAAGGGCAGGAGUUUGAUAUGCUGCCUUUUGGGACAGGGAGGAGGGGAUGUCCUGGUUGGCAUAUGGCCAUUGGGCAGAUUUCCUUUGUUUUGCCUCAGCUUUGGCAUUGCUUUGACUGGAGACUUGAAGGCGAUCCCGCUGAUUUGGAUAUGGAUGAAGAGAUUGGGCUCACUGUCGCAAGGAAAAAUCAUCUUUUUGCCAUUCCUUCCAGGAAAUUGUCCACAAGCUUCUAA